AGGUGGUGGUAGUCCUAUCACCCUCUAAUCAGGGGCGGAGAGCAGGCCAUUGUCUGUCUCCUACCUGAGGGCUUGGAAAGGGGCUCUGCUUCACCCUGGGCUCUGGAGAAGAACAAGGUUUAGAGAGGGGCCUGAGGGGCCAGGGAUCCCCAGCAGGACAUGCCCAGGGUAACACGGAGUUUACAGAAGCUCCUGUCAGCUUCAGCUGGCCUUGCUGCCUGUCCUUAGAGAAUUCAGUGACCCACUGUCCCAGCAUGGGGACUCUAGGGCCUUGGACCUCCCUCUGCCUGAGCCUCUCCCAGCUCCUGGCUGGGGCCACGUGUUCUGUCUGGUCUAUAAAUACCCAGGCACAUUCCUAGGGGGUCACAGGAGUUCUGCAGAGCAGCAGCAGGCGGCAAGAUGUGGAUUGCAGAGGGGCCGGCCCCAGACCGGUGGAGCCUGCGGGAUGGGGCUCAUGCUGGACAUUUCCUGGCUGUGGCUGACCAACUCCGCACCACGGGACAGCUGGUGGAUGUGGCCGUGGGCCCAGAGCGUGACAUGGCCCAUGCUGUGGUCCUGGCCUCCAUCAGCUCCUUCUUCUAUCGCUUCCUGGAGGGCAGGACCCAACAACUCCGCCAAGAUCCUCCACCCCAUGUUCCCCUGCCACCUGGGGCCACACUGUGGGGCUGGCGGGCUGUGCUGACCUUUGCCUAUGGGGGAAUUGUGCCCCAUGGCAGGGCGAGAGAGGUGGAGGAGGCUGCCCGGGCCCUGGGGGCCCCCCGGCUGGUAACUGCCUGUGCCCUGCAUCUAGAGAUUGACCACCAGGAAGAAGGUCCUAAGCCCCUGGAGGAGCAGUGGGAGACACUAAGAGCCAUGGAGCAGCUCCACGCCAAUGGUGUGGGCUGUGACCUCCAGCUCCAGGCAGGGAACGAGGUCAUCCCAGUUCAGCGACUGGCCCUGAGCUGCUCCUGUGACUUCUUCCGGGCCCUUUUCACCUGCCCCAUGCGAGAGGCCACCCACGACCCUGCCAACCCACUGGUCACAGGAUUGUCCCCAGCCGAACUGCGUCUCCUCCUCUCCUUUGCCUACACAGGAGCUGUAGCAGGGCCAUGGCCCAUGGUCUUGGAAGCAGCUGAGACCUCCCUGCGCUAUCAGGCCUGGGGGCUCCUCACUCUCUGCCUGGAUGUUUUCACCCAUGGCCUGACCCCAGAAACUGUCCCUGAUGUGCUGGCCUUUGCUGUGGCCUAUGGGUUAGAUGAGGUGGUCCAUGUAGCAGAGAACUACAUCUUGGCCACCUUUCCCUGUGUGGUGGUUACACCGGCCUUCCUGGAUCUUCCUGCACACCUUCUCAUCCGCCUCCUCCGUUCUGAUGGUCUCAAUGUCCUCCACGAACUGGAAGCCUUGGAAGCAGCAUCUCGGUGGCUUGUGGCCAAUGGAGAUGGCCAGGAGGAUCUAGCCAAAGAGAUCCUGUCAUCUGUUCGCUUUGCCCUCAUGUCCAGCCUGGAGCUGAAGAAGGUCCUAUCUGUGACUGCAGGGGCAGCUGACCCAAAGGUCCUCCGCGAGCUCAUGGUAGCAAGUUUUACCCCCAUGGCCCACUUGCCGUGCCGAGUACGUUCCUUGCCAGAGGUAUUGGUGGUUUGUGGUGGAGACAAAGUAAAGGGCAACCUGACUGGCCGGAAGCCCAGCAGACACCUCUGGUUUGCAGACCGCUACCUCAGUGCUGUGGGGCUGGUGAAACAGGUUGAGUGGCGGGCACUGGGACACUUUCCUGAUGGCCCACGCUUCCGUCAUGCUGUAACUGUGGUGGCCAACAACCUCUACAUCAUGGGUGGAAAACACUACUAUGGCAUCCAUGACACCCUAGCCAGUGUCUACAGGUACCAGCCUAUGGAUGAUUCCUGGAAGCGUCUGGCCAGUAUGACAUGUGGACGGAGCUACUUUGCUGCUGUGGCUCUUGGUAAUUUCAUCUAUGCCCUAGGGGGCAGCUCAGGGGAGCUCUACUGCACAGAUACUGUGGAGUGCUACGACCUGGCCAAUGACACCUGGAGGAGGUGCCAACCCCUGCCAAUGGCUCUAUGUGGGCAUGCAGCGUGUGCCCUGGAUGGUGUGCUCUACGUGUCGGGUGGGUGUGAUGAAGCAUACCAGUGUCAGGCAUCCUUGCUCCGCUAUGUCCCAGGUGUACCUGUCACACUCCUGGCCCCCAUGAAUGGCGAGCGAGCUGGCCACAUCAUGGAGGAAGCGGGUGGGCAGCUCUAUGUGGCAGGGGGCCUGUGUCAGCAGGCUGGGCAAACUGGCUACAGGGACCAGCUGACCUUUGAGGUCUACAGCCCCAAGCAAAACAUCUGGGUCCUCCUUAGCCCCCUGCCCCGUGCACAUGUAGUUGGGGGUGCAGCUGUGCUGGGAGGGGAACUGCUUGUACUGGGAGGGUAUAGUCAUGAGACCUACCAGGACACACACUUGAUCCAUGCCUACCAGCCGGGUACCCGGCGCUGGAUCACCCGGGGCACCUUGCCUCAUGCCUAUACUGACCUACAAGCCUGUGUUCUCACUGUACCCCCUGCCUUGCGUGCCCCCAGCUGCCUUAAGGACCCCUUGAAAUCAACUGAAACUCCCAAUAAUGCUUAGGGUAUACUCUCUGCACCCCAUACUGGGAUACCCAGGUAGCAUCCAUGGGUACCUCUAUGGGACAAAGGUGUACACAUCCCUCUCCCAGAGUGGGUUUCUUCUGUGGUUUUUGGCAAUCCUUCACCCUCAGGUACAUGAUCUAGACUGUUGUGAACCUGUUGAACAUAAAGAUUCCCUGGACUGUAGCCCUGUCCCUCCAGGAAUACUCAAUCCCCUUGUCUGAGACCUUUACUGGGCUGAGAAUCCUGCAAUUUCCCCCCACAUUUUAUUUAAAUAAAAGUGCUUCCUGAA